UCAACCUUUCUCCUCUUUCUAUUCAUAUAUAAGAGUACCUAAGAUUCUUCUCCCUCUCCAUAUUUCUUCCCAUUUCCCUACACCUCUCUUCUUAUCAGGGACUUCAACUGUGAAGGUACUAGUAUAUAUAGCCACUUGAGCUUUGCAUGAGCAAAGUAAAGUGUCUGCAAAUCAUUUUUCUCAUAACAAUGCAGGCUGCUGACCUUUCGUUCCAUCGAAUUUUCCUCAAGACCAUGUUCAUGGGUCUCAAACUUGGAGUUUCAUCCAGAAAGAUGAGCUAUCAAGAGAGGAAGAGAGUCAUAAAGCUCUCAGCAAACAUAGCCAUGGCGGUCGCUGGCAAUGGCAUGAAUUGGAGUCGUGCAUUGAUCAUUCGCCAUGCGAAGCAUGAGAAGAACAAAGUUCUUCUGAGGAGUUUACUGGGAAGGAAAAGGUAUGAGAGCAUAACCGAGCCAGGCUUCGCCCCGUUGAACUUUACUUGGCAAAAGAUGAUAAUGAAAAGGAGAUUUAGAAGAACUAAUUCAAUUUUAAGAAGAGGAGCACAUGCAUCUAAUGGUGCAACUGCAAGAGUUAUAGCUCGGUCCAUGGCCAAAAAGAGAACAAGAACUCUCAAAAGCCUUGUGCCAGGAGGCGAGUCCUUGGAUGAUCUCUCACUGCUGGGUGAGACCAUAGACUAUGUCAUCUCAUUGCAGACUCAAGUCCAUCUAAUGAGGCUGCUCACAGAAGUUCUUAGUGUCUCAAAUCUCAGCCCAAACACAAAAGGAGGAAUUUCAUGAGAAAGUUCAGCAGAAUACUCUAUGGAGAACGCCUGCAACCAUUCACUCAACGAUAUAGCAGGAUAAAUUUGUAUGUCUACUACUUGAAAUGUGAAGCUAAGUUCGUAUCGUUUGCAUGUCUUCUAUAUAUUUUCUAAAAAAGACUUGGAAAAAGGAGUUGGAUAAGAA